UUCAUAUCAGAUCCAAGAGGCACGCGGACUUGAAACUAACAUUCCAAUACACGAAAGAAAAACUCAAGACAAAAAAUUGAAAACUAUCGGACAGGAAUACCACGAGAAUAAGAGAAAACCUGCACCUGAAGGGAAGCAGCAGGAAAAUUGAGUGCUAAUAGUGGAGCAUAUUGUUUCUCAUAUGACUUUGUGGGUAAGUGCUAGAUAGCUCAUGUAGUGCAAAAGACAUGGGCUAAUGUAGUGCAAAAGCCAUCGGCUAAUGUGGUGCAAAAGGAGGAUUUAACCAGGUGAUUUGUGGGUGUAUUGGAUCCUGCUAAAAAUGAGGGAUUUUGCAUCCUGUUUUGGGGAACAUGCAGUUCAGGUGGCAGAUUACUCUUCAUCUUCAUCAUCCACUAAAACCCACAUCAAUAAUGUCAGCAACUCCAGCAAUGGGCUGAUGAUGCAGAACAUGGUCACAUGUAUUUAUCAGACAGUGCUCAAUGGUCAGACUAGGCUCAUCACGGUCACAUGGUGCAAGAACCUGAUGGGGCAGGGGCUGAGUGUCAAUGUGGAUGACCCAUCUUGCCAAUGCAUGUGCAAGGUGGACAUGAAGUCCUGGUUCUUCUGGAAGAAGAAGGGGUGCAAAAGAUUUGAGCUUGGGGCUUCCAAGGUAGAUGUCUUUUGGGACCUUUCUUGUGCUAAGUAUGGAUCUGGGCCUGAGCCCCUUGAGGGCUAUUAUGUUGCUGUGGUUUCAGAGGAUGAGUUGGGGUUGCUGCUAGGGGACAUGAGCAGUGAGGCCUAUAAGAGAACCCAUUCUAAGGGGUCUGGUGAGACUCUGAUGAUUUCAAGGAAAGAACAUGUUUUUGGCAAGAAUUUUUAUAGCACAAAGGCCCAAUUUUGUGAGAGUGGUAAGAGCCAUGAUAUUGUGAUUGAAUGCCAGACUGGUGGCCCCAGGGAUCCCAGGUUGUGUGUGAGGAUUGAUAAGCAAGUGGUUGUGCAGGUGAAGCAUUUGAUAUGGAAGUUCAGAGGCAAUCAGACCAUUUUGGUGGAUGGGCUUCCUGUAGAAAUGUUAUGGGAUGUACACGAUUGGUUUUUUAAUCCUAAUCUUGGUCAUGCUGUGUUCAUGUUCAAGACAAAUUCUUCAACUUCAUCUUUGUCUUCUUCUUCUUCAUUUUCAUCAUUGGCUGAAGAGUCAUGGAGCUCCAAGUCACUUUCCCAAAGUUUUAACAAGCAAAGGGAAACUUCUUCUCAUGGUUUCUCUUUGCUGCUAUAUGCAUGGAAGAACGAAUAGGAGCCAUGGUUGCAGGUUCAGAAGAUUGAAUUAUGAGAGCUCAAGGCAAAGGAAGGGUACGUGGCCUGCCUCCAAAUAUUCUACCUUUUGAGUCUCUAGCAGAUCUGCCUGCAAUGAGUGUAAGGAUUUUAACGAGUAUUGUUUGAAAGCAUCCAUUGAUGAUCAAUCUCCUCACAAGCCCAAACAGAUGCUGGAUUGUAGUCUGUUGUAUCUAGCUUUUGGGUAGAAAUGGUUCUUUCCUGCAUCGUUAUCAGUAUACUUUCAAUUGGUCUCAGGUAAUCUUGUGAAAAUGAGUCGAGACACCUUUGUAGCAUUAUUAUGAAGCUUCAUAACUUUGGGUGAUAUCUAUCUGCAUUAACACAGCCCUUAUUGUUUGUGGAAAGAAUAUGAUGAUUUUAAUGGGUAAUGUUUGAAAACAUUGACUGAUCGGGCUAGCUCUUCAUGACACCAAAGAGAUGCUGGUUUGAAGGCUGCUGGAUCUGUCCUUUUAUUUAAUUUAUUGGUGCUUUACAGCAUCUCCUAAAUUUUAUCAAUGUUCUUUGAAAUGGUCUCAGAACCUGCUGUCAACAUUUUUCUGAGGAAUCUAUGUAGCACUAUAUGAAGCUAUUAAGCUUUGGGUGACAUAUUGAUGGUAUUACUGAAAGAUGGCUCUUUUCUCGUUCUGAAGCAAUAACUUCUGAAAAUUUGAUUGUUGCACAUUAAUGAAGCUUUAAUGGAUGUUCACAUGUAUAAUUGAAGUCAAAUUCAUCUUUUUUGA